AUGUCAAAACCAGUUGCUAUCGUCACUGGCGCCGCUUCAGGCAUUGGCCUAGCGGUGACCAAACAUCUCCUUGGUCGUGGAUAUCGAGUCGUCAUGGCAGAUGUCAAUCAAGGAGAAGGUGAUCGCAUAAGCUCAGAACUUGGCCUGGAUACACUCUUCAGGAGGGUCGACAUAUCCGUAUAUGACCAACAGGCAUCACUGUUCGCAUCAGCAUUCAAAUGGGGAGGUGGAAGACUUGACUUCUUCGCAGCGAAUGCGGGCAUAGAUGAUCGACAGAGUCUUUAUGAGAAAAAUGAAACGAUCAAGUUGGAUGAGAAUGGUCGUCCGACACCUUUGAACCUGAAGACAAUGCAGGUGGACCUGGAUGCUGUGAUUCAAGGUGUUUGGCUUUUCAAAUAUUAUGCUCGUCAGAACGCAAAGAAGGGAGGUAAAGUGGUGAUCACUUCUUCGGCAGCAGGAAUCUAG